CUCGACCAUAUCAUAUCAUAAUAUCCCCCUAAUAUUAUUUCACCCAGGGGAAGCUAGUUCGAUACUCAGAAAAUCCUUGAAAUUAAGCAACAUGUCAAGUUCUACGUCUCCGUCUUGUUCUUGUCGUGCUUAACUCGGCAUGGCAGUACGACUGAUCCGGGGACAAUGGCCCUCAAGCGUCAAGAGUACAUCCUGCUGGCCAUCGGUGCUUUCAUAGCUUGGGGUUUGGUCACCCAGUGGCUGCCUGUGCUCAGAUACCUUGUCCAUGCACUGGUGCUAGGUGUCUUGCUCACUUCAACCACCCUACUUCUUCUUGUUUGUCUUACGACGCGACCUACAGCCGAUGCAGCUUCCCCCGCCCUGAACAAGCGCCCCGUCGCCUUCCUCACCCGCCGCCAUUGGGACCAAGAAGCGCGAGGUGUCCGGAAACGUUCAAUCUACAAACCCGACUCGCUCUACCCUCAGUCAUUUGUGGUCUCAGAGGGCAUUGACGAAGUUCUAAGUCUAGUCACGCGCGAUUUUGUCGCAUCAUGGUAUCAGCAUAUUAGCCCGAACCCCGCCUUCGUGAACGAGGUCGACCGAGUGAUCCGAACCGCCAUUGAAAACCUGCGCGAACGAUUGCUAGCAGAGGAUUUAGUCUCGCUUCUCGUCUCUCGCAUAUUCCCCAUACUCGCAACCCACCUGAAGGAAUUUGAUGUCGCGGAGCGAUUGGUGCGGGGAAGAAAUCUUACUCGGAAUGUGACCGAGUCGGACGAGCUGGAUCUGGCCAUAGCGAGCAAGUAUCGGGAGGGCAACAUACACCCGGCAGCUAGAGUCUCCUUGUCCGACCAGAAGCUCGUCGAGCAAGAAUACCUUCGCAAAAUCACCGUGGGGUUGUUACCAAAACUGUUUCCGGCGUCGGUACUCAAUAGCCGCAUUGUGUCCGUCAUAGUCCGAGAAAUCCUCGCAUGCGCCGUACUGUAUCCUAUAAUUGCGGCUCUUUCAGACCCAGACACUUGGAACCAGUUGGUGGAGGCUUACGGGCGUACUGCCAUACAGGACCGAAAGACGGUCCGAAAGCUGCGGGCGGCACUAGAUGAACACGCCUCACCAGCACCAAGAUCGAAGCGCGGAAACCAAUUUCCACGUCUAGGUCCUCAUGAUUCAGAAAGAGCCUUUGAGAGAUUGGUGCGAGCGAUCCGGCGCUGCGACAACAUCUCCGAUGCUAGACGGUUCAGAGCCCUCAUUGUAAGCCAGCUGAAGCGCGAAUCUAUGGUAGAAGGACAAGAUGCGACCUAUUUACAAAGGCUGGAAACGGCUAAGAGGGUUCUGGAUCAAAAAGUAACGAAGCUUUCCACGCCUGCAGGGAGCCGUGUGUCACACGCCUCGGCGGCAGCAUCCCACUUCCGGCGCAAGAACUCCGCCCCUCGGGAGGCAUCGUUGGUCGACGUGAUGCAUGAUGCCUCAGGACUCUCUUAUUUCAUGGAGUUUAUGGACCGUCAAAAGCUGAUGUCUCUGGUGCAGUUCUGGAUCGUCGUUGAUGGGUUCCGCAAUCCGCUGGAAGAUGAUUUUGGAGACGAGGACUCUCCAACCUCAACAUCGUGGACUUCCACAGACCAGAAUGAUAUGGCAUUGAUCAGCCAGCGUUACCUGAACAAACCUGAGUUGAAAGUGCCGGAAGAAUCCCGUCGAGCAGUGAAAGCGUUCCUGAACGCAGGCAAGCGAGCCACUGCGGACCAGUACCGUAAAGCACGGACUGUAAUUCUGACGACUCAGUCUGCGGUACUCGAGGAGCUCCAGAGCAUCUACUAUCCUAAAUUCAAGAAGUCCGAUCUCUACUACAAAUACCUUGCGUCAGAUGAAGUUUCACAAUCUGCGUCUCAUGUGCCUCCACAAUCCCCCAGCACCGCCGACCUUCCCGAGAGACGACCGCUUCCUCCGCUGAUGACCCGUACCUCCUCACAACCAAGCGCCAAACCCAAAGAUCUGAGACGUGCAGCUGUGUCAUCAAGCGAUGUACGAAGUAUGGGCAAGAAGCUUGAUGAUGAUGACUCUUCAAGACGUUCAUUUGAUUCUGAAAGGUCAGGUCCCUUGUUCGACGACGACUACGACACUGAUCCCCUUGCCAUGUCGACCCAGAGUCUUGGACAGGACUCGCAGAAUGGCGACAAUGAAGCGAAUCAGAAUCAGGUAAUCGAGACGAUGGAAGCUGCCUUGAAUGAUAUUAUCACAAAUCAGCCCGGAAACAGUAGGUUGGAAGAUUUGAAGAGCGGACAGUCAUCCCCAACGCGCCUCUCAGCCGGUGAUCUGUUCCCGCGCUCUCCGCGCAGCUCGGCCGAGUAUGCUCGCGCGGAGAAUCGGCUAGAUGAGCGGGCAAAACCGAGCAUUGCCUCGCUUGGACUCAUCGAUCGAUCUUCGCGGCAUGGUGUCUUUGACGAUGAUCUUUUCGCUGACCAGCAGAAGUUCAUCGAAGAUGAAUAUGAAGAACCUCUGGGGUCGGACAAAGACCCGGCUGAUGAAGUUCAUGAAGCUGCGCCCGGAGACUUAGGGCUGACGGAAGCCAUUGAGGCGCUCACAACCGAAAUUGAGAAGCUGGGAUCGCAAGAGUCCGUGGUCGACACUCUCACUCGGAAAGCCGAGCUCACAAACAACACCGCAGAAUUGAGGAUUCUGCGCAAAUCGAAAGCAAGUAUCCAGCGUGAGAUUCACCGGAAAGAGAUGCAACGGCAACAGUACAUCAUUCAAGAGAGCGAUAACAGCCUGUACGGCCGAUCAACGGUCCGGAUCAAAUCCAUCGUAGUAGGGAAGGAGGAGGAUGGUCGAGAAUUCGCCAUGUACGUCAUCGAAGUGCAACGAAACGCCGGGGAGCAAAUGCCAGCGGCAUCCUGGGCGGUUGCGCGUCGCUAUAGCGAAUUCCAUGAACUUCACACCAAACUACGCAUGAGAUACCCGUCCGUGAGGCAUUUGGACUUUCCACGCCGCCGGGUGGUUCUGAAGCUCCAGAAAGAAUUCCUUCAGAAGAGACGCCUAGCCCUCGAACAAUACCUGCAGAAACUGCUCCUUCUCCCUGAAGUCUGCCGCAGCCGAGACCUGCGAGCAUUCCUGUCCCAGCGAGCAAUCACGCAACGCAACGAGACGCAGAGCUCCCGCGACGGUGAGACCAAAGACCUGGUAACCCGGAUCUACAAUUCCGUCGCCGACGGCAUGGACGACUUCCUCGGCAAUUUCGGCGUGCUCGACCAACUCUCCACGGCCGGACAAAACCUCAUCUCCGCCGCCACCAACACCAAUCCCACCGGCAACCUCAACACCACAAACACAACCGGCACUGUCCCCCUCUCCCCCGAGGACGCCGUCACCGCCGCCGAGGCCGAGGCCGAGCUCAACGCCUUCGAGGACCGCGACCUCGAGCCCUUCAUCAAACCCAUCUGCGAUCUCUUCCUCGAAACCUUCGAACUCAACAAGGGCAACAACUGGCUGCGCGGGCGCGCCGUCGUCGUUGUCCUCCACCAGCUCCUGGGCGGCACCAUCGAGCGCAAGGUCCGCGACGGGGCCCGUUCACUCGUGCAGGACGACUCCCUCCUCCGGUAUUUAGCCCUGACCAAGGACACCAUGUGGCCCGGCGGGACCCUGCGCCAGAGCAAAGUCCGCACCCCACCCGAACGCCUCCGCAGCCGCACCGAGGCCAGCCUUGUGCUGGCGACCUUGAUCCCCGACCUGGCGGGCAACGUCGUCGGGCGGGCCAACGCGCAAGCUGCGGCCCGGCGCAUCUUCGCUACCUUGAACAACCCACGGUUGAAUGCACACCUGGUGUUCACGAUCUUGGACGAGAUCGUGCUGGUGUUGUUUGGGGGUGGGGGUAGUGGUAGUGGGGGUCCUCUCGACAGCAUCGGACGCGGACGUUAGACCCACUCACUCUCCAUAACUUAAUGUCUCCACACUUAAUGCAUUGACGAUGACUCGGACUGUGUUUGCUGUUGUAUACUUAUUAUGCCCCCCACGCUUUCUUUCUGUUUCCCACCCUCCCCUUCUAAUCACUCUACCGCUCUAGUUGCAUUUGGGUUUAGCGGGCGCUUUGCUUGAUGCAUUGUCGGGCCAUCUGAGGCCGUUCUCUUCUUUCCUCUCUAUUCUCGUCUACUUUCCCGUUACUUUUGCAAAUAAGCAUGUUUCUUUUCUUCCGCCGUUGGUGGUUCUCUGCCUGCAUCUAAUACUAAUACCUGUGGUUCGCACGGAAUGCAAUGCAUGGUUAUGGUUACGGGUUAGAU